AUGGUGCUCAAAAUAUCACGCGCCACGCGAUUGAUGGUGGUAGUUGUCAUCUCCUCGGCAUUCUUUGUGGCUGAGAUCUCAGUUGGUUUUUACACACAUUCCCUUGCUUUGGUGGCCGAUGCUUUUCAUUAUUUGAACGACCUGGUCGGGUUUGUUGUCGCGCUCGUUGCUCUCAAGGUAUCAGAAGCAGACGAAUCGCCGAAAGCCCUAUCUUUUGGCUGGCAACGAGCCCAGUUGCUGGGCGCCUUCUUCAAUGGCGUCCUACUGUUCGCGCUUGGCAUUAGCAUCUUCCUACAGUCCAUUGAGCGAUUCAUCACACUCCAGCGUGUUGAGAAUCCUAAGCUCAUGUUCAUCAUGGGAGCCAUCGGACUGACCCUGAAUCUUAUCAGCGCCACGUUUCUCCAUGAGCAUCAUCAUCAUGAUCACGGACAUGAACCUAGUUCUGUGGCUCUGGAAGAGCUUCCGGUGUCGACGACGGAUGACAUCACAGUACCGGAACGACCAGGAAGUCCGAACCACGAUAACCAUAAACACCUUUCGCAUGGGGCUCGGACAACCUCUCACGGACAUGACCUAGGAAUGCUCGGGGUCUUGACCCAUGUUAUAGGCGAUGCGGCCAAUAACCUUGGGGUGAUGGCAGCGGCCUUGGUCAUAUGGUUCACUCACUAUGGAGGGCGAUUCUAUGCGGAUCCAGGCACAAGCAUGGGAAUAGCCAUCAUGAUAAUGUUGUCUUCAAUCCCACUAGGUAUGUCCUUCGACGUUGUUUAA